AUGUAUGAUGUGAGUGACGUUAUUCACCGCUUGCGAAUCCUAAAAGAACGCGUGAACGAGGAGCAGGCGCGUCUGUCAAUCGACAAUCCGACCGGGAUAGAGGCAUCGGGGCUGCGCAGGAAGACGAUUCUAGUCUACACCGAAGAUAUACUGGAAAGAUAUCAAGCCACUCACCCACAACCAGCUCCAGCUGCAGCGGCGAAGUUGGUUACGGAAGGAUCUACUCAGUCGAUAUUGCCUAAAGCAGUGCACCGAGAUGGAAAAGUCAAGCCGAAGACGUACAAGAGGGUGCCCAAGCACAUCCUCUACUCGCCUACAGUUCUCUCUCGCUCUCUGAAGCGCUUCAGUCUGACUCGGAAGGUUCCAAUAAUUUUCGGUGCGAUUGACAUGUGA